AUGCAAGAUGCUACUGAUGCUCUUGACUGCCUCCUAGCGGAUUCUACUCCAAAGAUGCCUCGUCGAAACUCAUACACUCGAGAUUCAUCGUCAGAUAGCGAAGAGUUUAUUAGACUACCAAGAUUCAAGUCAGCAGUAUCCGGGAUCUGGAACGCACUAGGCGAGAAAGCCGCUCAUUUGUUCGAGCCAAGGCAUAAUUACACGACUCCAGUGGAGACAAAGACGACUCAUAAAGCUAAACAGUUUGUUGGAACUCCCCUCGGCUGCGCAAAGUACAAAAUGGGUCCCGCAAGAACCAUGUCCAUCGAAUCCAUCGACAAAGUCGCCCCUGGAAACUGCAUGCCAAGCUGGCAAGUAACCGACCAAUCUCAGUACGUAGUAAAGGCUUGA